AUGGUUAGUGUCUGCUGCAUCUGGGCAUGUUUAGUGUCAGGUGGCAUGAUACAGCUUGUAUGGGUGUCAGGUGGCAUGAUACAGCUUGUAUGGGUGUCAGGUGGCAUGAUACAGCUUGUAUGGGUGUCAGGUGGCAUGAUACAGCUUGUAUGGGUGUCAGGUGGCAUUAUACAGCUUGUAUGGGUGUCAGGUGGCAUGAUACAUCUUGUAUGGGUGUCAGAUGGCAUGAUACAGCUUGUAUGGGUGUCAGAUGGCAUGAUACAGCUUGUAUGGGUGUCAGAUGGCAUGAUACAGCUUGUAUGGGUGUCAGAUGGCAUGAUACAGCUUGUAUGGGUGUCAGGUGGCAUGAUACAUCUUGUAUGGGUGUCAGAUGGCAUGAUACAGCUUGUAUGGGUGUCAGAUGGCAUGAUACAGCUUGUAUGGGCUGAAGUACUGACAGCUAUUUUUUUCAGUGUAAUCAGCAGUCACUUGAUUGUGUGUGUGUGGUAG